AUGUCAUUGUUACAACAACUAACAAAAAAAUUCAAUAUGACAUCAUCGAAAAUAAAUGAUUCAGAUUUACGUAAACAAUUUUUACAAUAUCUUAAUCAACCUGAAUUAUGUGAACAAUUUUAUAUUUAUAUGAAAUCUGAACAUUUAGCAUAUGUAUUAGAAUUUUAUUUAGCAUGUGAUGGUUUAAGAAAUUUACUUGAUGAUACAUCAAAACAAGGUGCUAUUAUUGAACUUAUAUAUAAACAUUAUUUAUCAAAUGGAAAAUAUUUAUCAUCAUCAUCAAAAACAAAAUUUUCUUUAUCAGAUGAUUUAAUAUUAUCAAUAAAACAACGUUUAAUUAAACAUGAAUAUAAUUUAAAAUUUUAUGAUCAAGCACAAGAAUAUGUUUUAAAAUAUAUGUUACAAAUGUGUUAUCCGAAAUUUCUUAUUGAACAACAACAAAAAGAAGAGAAUGAAUUAAAAAAACAUCAAUUAUUAAAUACACCUAAAUUUAGUCCUAUGCAUAAACGAUCAAUGACAUCAAGAAAAAAAGAUGUUUUCGAACAAUUAAAACAAAAAAACAAUCAACGAAUUCUAAAGUAA